AUGUCUGAUCGAAAACGAAAGAAAGUGACACUGUCCUUAUCACAAAAGGCUGAAAUUAUUGAAAAAUUGGGAAACGGUGUGAUGGCAAAACGGAUUGCUGAAGACUAUGGUGUCAGUGAAUCUGCAAUAAGUUAUAUUAAAGGGCAAAAGUCGCAAAUAUUAGAAGCUGUGUCGAGUACUGUUCACGAAAUUAAAAAGAAGUCAUUGCACAAGCCAGAUCAUGUGGAAAUGGAAGAAAAAUUAUACAAAUGGUUUGAGUUUCAACGUUCCAAACACUGUCCAAUCUCUGCACACAUUAUCAAAGUGAAAGCCAAAGCUAUUUUCGAGGAAAUGUAUCCUGAUAAGGACGAUUCAGCAUUUGUUGCAAGUAACGGUUGGUUUGAAGGCUUCAAGAAGAGGCACGGAAUUCGAUUUUUGACCGUAGCUGGUGAGAAACUGUCGGCGGACUUGACUUCUAUCACACCAUUUAUCCAUCGUCUUCAUGCAAAGAUACUUGAAAUGAAUAUCACCGAAGAUCAACUGUAUAAUGCAGAUGAAUCUGGCAUUUAUUAUCGAAUGUUGCCAAAACGAACAUACGUCUGUGCAUCAGAAACAAGCGCACCUGGUCGAAAAACUGCAAAAGAACGUUUGACAUUCAUGCUAACUGCGAAUUCAGGUGGAUCCCACAAAGUGAAACCGCUCAUAAUUGGAAAAUCGAAAAAUCCGCGAUGCUUCAAGGGAUUCAUCAAUCCAUUGCCGUAUGCGAAUUCAAAAUCAGCUUGGAUGACGCGAGACAUUUUUCGUGCAUGGUUUUUCAAUCAUUUUGUUAAGGAGGUUCGCGAAUUUGCAAGAGAAAACAAUUUGCCGCCGAAAGCAAUUUUGCUCAUUGAUAACUGUCCGGCCCAUGAAGAAUUGCAAACUGACGAUGGAAAUAUAAUUACGAUUGCUCUGCCACCAAACGUUACGUCUGUGCUACAACCAAUGGAUCAGAGUCCAAUAAACGUGUUUAAAAUGAAUUAUCGCAAACUACUUUUGUCGUCUGUUGUUGCAAAUGAAAACACAAAUAUUAUUCAGGCUUUGAAAGAACAUAACAUUCGUGAUGCAAUCGUAAUGAUGAAAGAUGUUUGGGCGAAUUUCUCGAACACUCUUCUGCAAAAUUCAUGGUCAAAGAUAAACAACUGGGAUAAAGAUGAUUACACAGAAGAGGAUUUAGUUUCAUUGUCAUCAUUAAGAGCACCAACUGUUGAUUACGAAAACGUUUUGGGUGAAGUUCAAACACUUUUGAAUUCAAUUGCACCGGACAGUGAAAUAGCAACGAAUGAAAUCGAAGAAUGGAAUAAUGACACAACAGAAAACGUUGAAUUGGAUGACGUCGACAGUUCUGACUCAGAAGGAGAAGCAGCGGCUGUAGUGAAAAUUCCACAUUCUGACGCGAUCGAUCAUGUCAACAAAUUAAUCGAAUGUUUGACCGAUGACGAAUCCAAUGAGCUGUAUCGGUUGAAUGUCGUGUUUGGAUACACAAAGAUGGAUAUUGCAUGUGACACGGGGGCACCGCGUACAUUUGUUCCGAAGAUUUUCUACGAGAAGCAUUUAUCACAGUAUCCGUUGGUUCGAUGUGAUACUCCAUACAAAAAUUAUUGUGGAAGGAAAAUCAAUUUAAUUG